AUGAAAAAAAUUUCUGCUGGAGUUUUUGUGCGUGAUGAUUUAGUCGUUGAUUAUGGGUCUAUUGGAAAGUGUGACUUAUGCGAAAAGGCACAUGGAUCAACCACUGAUUUAUUUGGAGAACGGUACUGCACAAUAUGUGCAUACAAACAGUAUCCAGAAAAUAAAACAGCUGUAUUCGUUAAAACGGAUGCAAAAUUCAAAUGUCCUGCUGGCUGCGGUGCAAACAAUCUGAGCUAUGAAGAACUACAAAUUGGAUCAUGCUGCACGAAGGCGGCUAAUAAAACGUAUUCAACAUUUCGUUAUGAAUCUGUUGCAAUCGUCAAUGGGAUUUAUGAAGAAGCUCGAGAAGAAGAGGAAGCAGCGGAGAAAAAUGCUGCGACCUCCAAUGAAGAGGUGGAACUAGCCAAGAAAGCCCUUGCAAAGGCGGAAGAAAAAGCGAAAAAUGCGGAAGACGAGCUUGGCAAGAAGAAAGCAUGGCGCAAGAAAGUUCAAAAGAGGUCUGUGGUGCUUACUAAGCAUGCGAUGAAAGAAGAUAACAGCGAUUUAGUCAACUCAGAAGACGACAACAAUGAGUCCAAAGAAAAGCCGAAAUGCAAGGUCUGCUUCGAAAACUACAGCGAAGAUCGUCCAGAGGCUGCUAUCUUUCCUUGCGGACACAAAGCUUGCUUCAUUUGCUUAUCAUCUCUUCCUCAGAAAACUUGCCCAACCUGCCGAGCUGCUUUUACUGCUGACAAAAUCCUCAAGCUUUACGAGUGA